CCUUAAGAUAUGUGAGUGAUUUUAAAUUCAUUGAUAAUUCAAGAUAUUUGAGCUAUGUUGAAUAAAUAAUUACGCCAAGAUCUUGAAGAUAGUUGGUUAUAUGUUUACGGUUGUUUAUCAAAAGACGCCAGGUAACGCCCCUACUGUGUCAGAAUAUUAAUCACCGUUACCUUGGAAAUUCAUGCCCGAGACGAUCUAACGGGGAGAACGAUAAAAUCCCGCCAUUCAAAUUUGCAUUUUGGGAUAAAAUGGAAUUCGUUUCUUUAACCAAGUGUCUCUGUGUCCCGGGACAGUUAACAUUGUUAGAGCAUUAAUUACAGGUGGCGAGGAGAAGGUGUGUUGUUCUUUCCUAUUAUUUCUAUUAAGCAAUUACCAUGUGCCCCACUGUGUUACAUGUACUUUACUGGCAGUCAUGAUCAGAUUGCCCACAAAAAGACAACGCACUUGACUUGAGGAGAAAACUGACAGAAAUUUAAAAGCUAAUGGGCCUGACUUCAGGAGCUGACUUGAGGACCUGACUUCAGCUUUUUUUUUUAAAACGACUGCUCUCAAAUGAAAGAAGAAGAAAAGGAAUUUUCAUGCGCCCUAUCAGGGGAGUUAAAGAUGGAGAAUGAUGGCUUGACCAAUGGAUUGGUCAAUAAAGGAUUUGAAGAGAAUGAUGGCAUGACCAAUGGUUUGGUCAAUAAAGGAUUUGAUAACGACGUCCAAACUGAAAAGGGUAAGUAUUUAAAAAAAACAACUUUUACAUUAAUUUUAAUAAUGUAAAUGAUAUUAUUUAUCUAUAGACCAGUAGUUGCAAAGUUGUGCAUGUGCAUCCACAUUGGGACAUUUCCACCAAAAGUUGUGCAUGUGCAUCCACAUUGGGACAUGUCCACUAAAAGUUGUGCAUGUACAUCCACAUUGGGACAUGUCCACCAAAAGUUGUGCAUGUGCAUCCACAUUGGGACAUGUCCACCAAAAGUUGUGCAUGUGCAUCCACAUUGGGACAUGUCCACCAAAAGUUGUGCAUGUGCAUCCACAUUGGGACAUGUCCACCAAAAGUUGUGCAUGUGCAUCCACAUUGGGACAUGUCCACCAAAAGUUGUGCAUUUGCAAUCAAAGUGGGAAAUGUCCACCAAAAGUUAAGCAUGUGCAAUCAAAGUGGGAUAUGUACACAAAAAGUUGUGCAAGUGCACCCAAAAUUAUACUUAUCCACCCAAUGUUGUACAUGUGCAUCCAAAUUUGUGCAGGUUCACCUAAAGAGCAACUAAAGUUGUAUAUGGGCACCGAAAGUUGUACAUGUGCACCGAAAGUUGUACAUGUGCACCGAAAGUUGUACAUGUGCACCCAAAGUUGUACAUGUGCACCCAAAGUUGUACAUGUGCACCCAAAGUUGUACAUGUGCACCCAAAGUUGUACAUGUGCACCCAAAGUUGUACAUGUGCACCCAAAGUUGUACAUGUGCACCCAAAGUUGUACAUGUGCACCCAAAGUUGUACAUGUGCACCCAAAGUUGUACAUGUGCACCCAAAGUUGUACAUGUGCACCCAAAGUUGUACAUGUGCACCCAAAGUUGUACAUGUGCACCCAAAGUUGUACAUGUGCACCCAAAGUUGUACAUGUGCACCCAAAGUUGUACAUGUGCACCCAAAGUUGUACAUGUGCACCCAAAGUUGUACAUGUGCACCCAAAGUUGUACAUGUGCACCCAAAGUUGUACAUGUGCACCCAAAGUUGUACAUGUGCACCCAAAGUUGUACAUGUGCACCCAAAGUUGUACAUGUGCACCCAAAGUUGUACAUGUGCACCCAAAGUUGUACAUGUGCACCCAAAGUUGUACAUGUGCACCCAAAGUUGUACAUGUGCACCCAAAGUUGUACAUGUGCACCCAAAGUUGUACAUGUGCACCCAAAGUUGUACAUGUGCACCCAAAGUUGUACAUGUGCACCCAAAGUUGUACAUGUGCACCCAAAGUUGUACAUGUGCACCCAAAGUUGUACAUGUGCACCCAAAGUUGUACAUGUGCACCCAAAGUUGUACAUGUGCACCCAAAGUUGUACAUGUGCACCCAAAGUUGUACAUGUGCACCCAAAAUUGUGUUGUGUGCAUCCUACGUUGAUCUUUUAUUUAUUUAUUUGUUUAGAAAAAAAAUAUAUAAUAAUAAUAAAGAGUAUUUUUUUUUGUGUCUUGUUAAUUUAUUUUGUAGAGACAAAUUCUCAUUCCAAAAAAUCUAAGUCUUUUUGAUGGAACAUUUAGAAAAAAUAAUGUUUCAAUUUAGAAGCCUAACAACUAUUGGAAGAUUUUAGAAUAACUAAGUUUAACUUUAGAAACUUUACUAUUAUUACCUUCUUUUACUUAGGGGGCGUCCAUUGAUAACGUCAACAAUUUUUUAAGCAAUUUUUGACCCCCUCACCCCCCACCUUGUCAACAACUGUAAAACUUUCAAUGACCCCCCUCCCCAUAUUAAUUAUGUCAAAAUAGCUAUACCCCCCCCACCCGAAAAAAACAACAAAAAACAAUGAAUUAUAAUAUAAAUAUAUAUAAAUAUAUAUAUAUUAUAUAUAUAUUUAUAUAUAUAUAUAUAAAUAUAUAUAUAUAUAUAUAUAUAUAUAUAUACACAUUUUACUUUGUGCUGAUCUAUUUUAAUAACAAAAGAUUGUAGGAAAAACUUGUAUUGCAUUCUUUAUCUUGUUAAUCAACAAGUUAAAAUUGUAUAUAAUUAAAACAUAUGCAACUAUUUUAAUUUACACUCAUUAAAUUUUUGUAAAUAAUGUAAUAACCAGUCAAUUUUUUAAUACAAAUUCUAAUAGAGAACACAUGAUUGUUGACAUCAACUAAUCUAACCCCCUCCCCCUUGUCAACAAUUGUCAAACAUUACCAAACCCCCCUCCCCCCUAUUUUGUUGACAUAAUUAAUGGAUGAACCCCUAUCUUAGAUUUAAAUAUUACUUUUUGAAACUUGCGUUUUUAGAGAUCCACCAGGACAGGGGACUUAAUCUAACAGAAAAGACAGAAAUAUGUUCUACAACUCAGACUGGGCCAAAAGAAGACAACUAUUGUGGUAUAAGUUCAUGCAGACCAGUAUGUUUGCAGGUAAAGAUGAUGUAUGUUUGUGAGAGAAUAUGUUCUCUAGUAUUAUAUGUCAGGUUUUUUUUUAAACUUUAUAGAAAUAAGUUAAAUAUUGUGUGUUUUAUAGUUACUGUUGAUCAAAUAAAUGUUAUCUAUAUUAUAAUUACUUUUGAUAGGACCAGGAGAUAAGCAACUACUUUUUAGUUCAUCAAAGAUUUAGGAUAACGAAUAAGGUUAUUUUACUUUACGACAGUUACUAUGAUGUUAAAAAUUAGGGAAAAUCAAUGUGACUACGAAGAUAGCCGCAGUUUCACUUUGUGUAAGUCGAUAUGGUCACUUGACAGCUAAUCGAUUUUAUCGGUUAUGUAUAUACACAAUGAAUGUGCAUACCAAUAUAUAUAUACAUUGAAGGGAGCAUACCUAUGUAUAUAUACAAUGAAAGUGCAUACCUAUAUAUACACACAAUGAAGGGAGCAUACCUAUGUAUAUACACAAUGAAGGUGCAUAACUAUGUAUAUACACAAUGAAGGGAGCAUACCUAUGUAUAUACAUAAUGAAUGAACACACCUAUGUAUAUGCACAAUAAAUGUGCACUCACAUCCCUCGAUACCCUGACCACCUCCCAUACCUCGAUACCCUUACCCACUCCCAUAAUUUGAUACCCUGAACAACUCAUAUCCCUCGAUACCCUGACCCACUCACAUCCCUCGAAACCCUGACCCUCUCACAUCCCUCAAAACCCUACCCACUCCAAUCCCUCGAUAACCUAAAACACACACCCCUCGAUGCCCUGACCUACUCACAUCCCUUGAUACCCUGACCCAAUCACAUCCCUCGAUAACCUUAAACACUCACAUCCCUUGAUAACCUGACCCAUUCCCAUAUCUCGAUACCCUGACCCACUCAUAUCUCUCCCUACCCUGACCUACUCACAUCCCUUGAUUCCCUGACUCACUCACAUCCCUCGAUACCCUAAUCCACUCAUAUCUCUAGAUAACUAAAACAAUCACAAGCCUUGAUACCCUGACCCACUCCCAUACCUCGAUAACCUGACCCACCUACAUCCAUCUAUACCCUGACCCACUCAUAUAUCUCAAAAGCCUAAAACACCCACAUCCAUUGAUACUCAGACCCACUGACAGCCCUAGAUACCCAGACCCACUCACAUCCUUCGAUACCCUGACUCACUCACAUCCCUCGAUACCCUGACCCACUCACAUCCCUCGAUACCCCGAUUCACUCAUAUCUCUCGAAAGCCUAAAACAGCCACAUCUCUUGAUACCCAGACCCUCUCACAUCCCUCGAUACCCUGAGCCAUGACAGUUGAAUUAUUUUUAAAUACGAAGGAAAAAAACCAAGGGGAACAACAUUGCAGCCAUUCAAGAAAUAGUUAUUAGUAGUAGUAUAUAAACAUAUUAAAAUCGGUAAAUGAAUGGUUUCAUUAUGUAGUUAGGUUGCGACUAGGGUCCUGGUCAGUGAUAUCAUGAUGUAGUUAGGUUGCGACAAGGCUCCUGGUCAGUGAUGUCAUGACGUAGUUAGGUUGCGACCAGGCUCCUGGUCAGUGAUGUCAUGAUGUAGUUAGGUUGUGACAAGGCUCCUGGUCAGUUGUGUCAUGAUGUAGUUAGGUUGCGACUAGGCUCCUGGUCAGUGAUGUCAUGAUGUAGUUAGGUUGCGACAAGGCUCCUGGUCAGUGAUGUCAUGAUGUAGUUAGGUUGCGACUGGGCUCCUGGUCAGUGGUGUCAUGAUGUAGUUAGGUUGCGACUAGGCUCCUGGUCAGUGAUGUCAUGAUGUAGUUAGGUUGCGACUGGGGUCCUGGUCAGUGAUGUCAUGAUGUAGUUAGGUUGUGACUAGGCUCCUGGUCAGUGAUGUCAUGAUGUAGUUAGGUUGCGAUUAGGCUCCUGGUCAGUGAUGUCAUGAUGUAGUUAGGUUGUGACUAGGCUCCUGGUCAGUGAUGUCAUGAUGUAGUUAGGUUGCGACAAGGCUCCUGGUCAGUGAUGUCAUGAUGUAGUUAGGUUGCGACUAGGGUCCUGGUCAGUGAUGUCAUGAUGUAGUUAGGUUGUGACUAGGCUCCUGGUUAGUGAUGUCAUGAUUUAGUUAGGUUGCGACUAGGCUCCUGGUCAGUGAUGUCAUGAUGUAGUUAGGUUGCGACAAGGCUCCUGGUCAGUGAUGUCAUGAUGUAGUUAGGUUGCGACUGGGCUCCUGGUCAGUGAUGUCAUGAUGUAGUUAGGUUGCGACUAGGCUCCUGGUCAGUGAUGUCAUGAUGUAGUUAGGUUGCGACUAGGCUCGUGGUCAGUGAUGUCAUGAUGUAGUUAGGUUGCGACUGGGGUCCUGGUCAGUGAUGUCAUGAUGUAGUUAGGUUGUGACUAGGCUCCUGGUUAGUGAUGUCAUGAUUUAGUUAGGUUGCGACUAGGCUCCUGGUCAGUGAUGUCAUGAUGUAGUUAGGUUGUGACUAGGCUCCUGGUCAGUGAUGUCAUGAUUUAGUUAGGGUGCGACAAGGCUCCUGAUCAGUGGUAUCAUGAUGUAGUUAGGUUGCGACUAGGCUCCUGGUCAGUGAUGUCAUGAUGUAGUUAGGUUGUGACUAGGCUCCUGGUCAGUGAUGUCAUGAUGUAGUUAGGUUGCAACUAGGUUCCUGGUCAGUGGUGUCAUGAUGUAGUUAGGUUGCGACUAGGCUCCGGGUCAGUGAUGUCAUGAUGUUAUUAAGUUGAAAGUAGGUUCUUGUUCAAUAGUGUUACUUCAUAAAUUCCAACAAGAUGAGUUUGAAAGAUAGGAUUUUGCCAAAUGGUAAAAAAAAAAUUUGUAUCUUCCUAUAGCUCAAGUUGUUUUUAGGGUUAGGGUUAUGGUUAGGGUUAUAUCAAGCUGUUGGUCUUAAAACUCAUUUUGAAAGCGAUCAACUGUUCAGAACACAACUGGAACAGUGAUGUAUGGUCAGAACAAAACUGGAAGAAGUGAUCAACUGGUCAGAACACGAAAGUGACAACCUUUAUUUUAGGACUAUGUGAUUUCCGCUUAUGUAACUGAGCUGAUGACAGUAACUAUGAGAAAGUGAAACAUUUGACUCCUAGAUCUAAGCACCUUGAACUGUCGUGAUGUCAGCAACCAUUAGCUAGUCAAACAGUUUGAAGUAGCAACUGAUCUCAAUGUGCUAGGUUUCCAGUAAUAGCAACUGACCUCAAUGUGCCAAGUACCCAGUAAUAGCAACUGAUCUCAACAUGCCAGGUUUCCAGUAAUAGCAACUGAGCUCAAUGUGCCAAGUACCCAGUAAUAGCAACUGAGCUCAAUGUGCCAAGUACCCAGUAAUAGCAACUGAUCUCAAUGUGCUAGGUUUCCAGUAGUAGCGACAGAUGUUAAAUACCAGGUUUGCAGUAGUAGCAACUGAUCAUAAUGUUUAUGGACAGGUUUGCCUGGCGUGCUACACACAGAAUCUGUAAAAUUAGCAUAUUUGCCUGGCGUGCAACAUAAAACAGAUGUAGAAUCAGAAAACUUGUCUAGCGUACACAACAAAAUCUUUAGAAUCAGAAAACUUGUCUGACGUACACAACAAAAUCUUUAGAAUCAGAAAACUUGUCUGACGUAUACAACAAAAUCUUUAAAAUCAGAUAACUUGUCUGACGUACACAACAAAAUCUUUAGAAUCAGAAAACUUGUCUGACGUACACAACAAAAUCUUUAGAAUCAGAAAACUUGUCUGACGUACACACCUAAAUCUUUAGAAUCAGAAAACUUGUCUGACUUACACAACAAAAUCUUUAGAAUCAGAUAACUUUUCUAAGGGACACAACAAAAUCUUUAGAAUCAGAAAACGUGUCUAACGUGUUACACAAAAUCUGACAUCAGUGGUAGAAUCAAAAGACUUGAUUUAAUAUAAUUCACAAAACAGAUGGCCAGUAGCAGAUGACAUUUUGUUGGUCAUCCAGUGUAAGCGUCAGUCUUUGUCAAACUAGAAGCAAAUUAAUUCAUUCUUUCGUUUCAAUGAGUGUUUCAGUUAACCAUGUUUAACUACUAGAUGAGGGUUUCAGUUAACCAUGUUUAACUACUACAUGAUGUUCUCAAUUAACCAAGUUUAACCACUACAUCAUGUUCUCAAUUAACAAAGUUUAACCACUACAUCAUGUUCUCAAUUAACAAAGUUUAACCACUACACGAUGUUCUCAAUUAUCAAUGCUUAACCCCUACAUAAUUCUUUCAAUUAACAAUGUUUCACUAAUGAGUUUUAAGAUUACAUUUUAAAAUAAUUUAUUUUACAGCGCUGGAAGAAUGUUGGCUGUUUUACUGCUGCCUACAGCAUGACAGGAAUUGUUACAUCUGCCCUCAACAUCUACAUGAACUCACAGGUAAUUCAAGCAUUUCUUUCACCUUCACUUUAUGUCUAGAAAUAAUCUAUUCAAUAAUAGCUAUUUGUUAGUUUAUUGUCCAAUUAUUAGCAAUCUAUUAUUUACCUUCCAUGUAUUUAUAAUUUGUGUUUUCAUUCUCGCAAUCUAAAUCAUUAAUGGGGAACACUAGUGAAUGAUAUGCAUCGUAUUUGCACUUAAACUAACAGCAUUUACAACUGUACAUAAAAAGCAAACAAAUGAUCAUUAAUCACAAUAAUGCACAUGACACUUUUAACAAACCCAUUAUUAUAAAAAAAAAAACUAUCUUUAAAGAAUCCUAGAUUACUUCAUUUCACGCUUCUCGUCUCAUUAGAGAACUUCGGAAUAAUUCUAAAAUCUACAUUCCCAAUGAAGACUGCACCCAGAUGUAAUUAUUAUUUGUUUUUAUUGACUAGUUGAUUCAAAAACUUCUUGACUUAGCGAGUUUAUCAAUAUUUAUUUGAGACUGUAUUCUUGUAAUAAUCAUUCUAGACUUUGUGUAAAUAUAAGGAUUGUAGUUAUUCUUGUAAUAAUCCAGCUAGAAUUUGUGUAAAUAUAAUCAUUCUAGUUAAUCAUAACAAUUUUAUGGUGCUCUAAAUUUCAUCUCUUCUUUUAGUCCAUAAUUUUGCAAAUCCACAUUUCUAAUCCACAUUUCUAUUCCCAUUUCGAAAACCUUGUUCAGAAAAUCAUGCAACAAUAUCAUUUAAAAUAUUUGUGUCAAUUAGUUUGUUAGUUCAAUGAUACUUAUAAUAAAACAGAGAGAAGUCUGAGCCGAGAAAGAGAAGGGUGUGAAUAUCACAGGAAAGAGGGAGAAAGGAAAUGAUGAGAUUGGAAAGAGGAAGAGGAAAGAAGAGAGGGGGGCGAGGAAAAGCGGGGAAGAAAGCCGUAAGAGGAAUGAAAGAAAAAGUGAGGAGAGAGGUGAGGAGAGAGGUGAGGAGGGAGAGGUCAGGAGAGAGGUGAGAAGAGAGAUAAGGAGAGAGAGGUCAGGAGAGAGGUGAGAAGGGAGAUAAGGAGAGAGAGGUCAGGAAAGAGAUGAGGAGAGAGAUAAGGAGAGAGAGGUCAGGAGAGAGGUGAGAAGAGAGAUAAGGAGAGAGAGGUCAGGAGAGAGGUGAGGAGAGAGAGGUCAGGAGAGAGGUCAGGAGAGAGAUAAGGAGAGAGGUGAGGAGAGAGGUGAGGAGAGAGGUCAGGAGAGAGGGGAGGAGAGAGAUAAGGAGAGAGAGGUCAGGAGAGAGGGGGGCAGAGAGAUAAGUAGAGAGAGGGCAUGAGAGUAGGUCAGGAGAGAGGUGAGAAGAGAGAUAAGGAGAGAGAGGUCAGGAGAGAGGUGAGGAGAGAGAGGUCAGGAGAGAGGUCAGGAGAGAGAUAAGGAGAGAGGUCAGGAGAGAGGUCAGGAGAGAGGUCAGGAGAGAGGUCAGGAGAGAGAUAAGGAGAGAGAGGUCAGGAGAGAGGUGAGAAGAGGGAUAAGUAGAGAGAGGUCAUGAGAGAGGUGAGGAGAGAGAUAAGGAGAGAUAGGUCAGGAGAGAGGUGAGGAGAGAGAGGCCAGGAGAGAGGUGAGGAGAGAGGUGAGGAGAGAUAGGUCAGGAGAGAGGUGAGGAGAGAGAUAUGGAGAGAGAGGUAAGGAGAGGUAAGGAGAGGUAAGGAGAGAGAGGUGAGCAGAGAUAUUCCCCUUCAUGUUAAUUUAAAUACUGUGGCCAGGAAAUAUAACCACCCAACUGUCGUUUUGAAGCGUGACAAGAAGAGAAUUGUGACCCAUAUUCAAAUUAGCAACCUAGUUACCUAUAAAGUACAUUCUUGUAGACAUGACUUAGACACACACACACACAUACACAUCAACAUCAAUGCUUUAAGCUGUGAUUUGUAAUAUUGUAAAUACCGUUGAGUAUUUGUGUUCAGUUCUUGACUAAGCUUAUAGCUAGUGGUUGUUUUGAGAGACACGGACAUAUUGCUUACUGAUAAUUGUUCAUACGUGCAUCUUGACUUACCCACAGUCGAAAUAAUAUAUUUAAUCCGAGAUGGGGGACAUGUCUGACCAAUGAAAGGGGGGGGGUGGUGAGGGUUGUCCAAUAUUUAGAGUUAGAAGAUGUAUCCGUCACACUGUAUCCGUCCGUUGUAUCCGUCACAUUAUAUGUGUCACAUUGUAUCCGUCAAAUAACCGUCACAUUCUAUCUGCCACAUAUCCGUCACAUAGUAUCCGUCUCAUUGUAUCCAUCACAUAUCCGUCACAUUUUAUCCGUCACAUUCAUACAAUCCUGAAUUUUCUCAUUAGAUUAUAAUUUUUUUUUUUUGCACUUUUAACAUUAGUUUGAUUCUAGGUUUGUAUUGACUCUCUACAAGCCGCUGUCCUGGUCAUAUUGUAAGACCUUAGUUGUUCAACUUAUAUUUAAAAGGAUUCUAACUAACGGUAAAAAAUUAAUAACUCCUGCGUGUGUCUUAAGCUAAUGUACAUGUCUUAAGCAAAUGUUUGGGAUUUAACGAAAAUAUAUGGGAUUUAAGCAAAUGUAUGGGAUUUAAGAAAAUAUAUGGGAUUUAAGCAAAUGUAUGGGAUUUAAGAAAAUGUAUGGGAUUAAAGCAAAUGUAUGGGAUUUAAGAAAAUGUAUGUACUUUAAGGUAAUACAUAGGGUUAAGCAAAUUUAUGGGAUUUCAGCAAAUGUAUGGGAUUGAAGAUAUGAAUGGGAUUAAAGCAAAUGUAUGGGAUUAAAUAAAAUUAAAAACUUGACAAUUUAAAUAACAGUUACCUAGUGUGAUCAACUGAAAGAACUCUAAGAUAUAGAAGACAUGGUUAAAGAAUGGCUCCGUGCUUGGCCCCAUUCUCAUCCUAAAUGACAGACCAUACAAUGUGAUUAAUUGAAGAUGUAGUUUGUGUAAAGUUAACCCUAAUCCUAUCCCUAACCCUAACCUAGCACAUUCUCCUACAAAUAAUAAUCUAUCUUACGUGAUUUGUGACUAGCUAUAUGUCUUACAAAUCAUUAGUCUAUCUUACACGAUUUGUGACUAGCUAUAUGUCUUACAAAUAAAUAAUCUAUCUUACACUUUUUGUGACUAACUAAAUGUCUUACAAAUCAUUAGUCUAUCUUACACGAUUUGUGACUAGCUAUAUGUCUUACAAAUAAAUAAUCUAUCUUACACGAUUUGUGACUAACUAUAUGUCUUGCACAUCAUUAGUCUAUCUUACAUGUGUUAUGUAUGACACUUUUCCCCGUGCGUGAACUUUGCUUGACCCCUAGCACACGCUACGUUUAUAGAUGGGCGUGGCUUAUUCGUUUGACGUAUCUUAUUAUUUGUAUUCGGUACUGUUUUCGGUGUCAUAUUUUUGUUAUUGUAUUUCCCUAUGGAAUCGUCCUUUGUUAGGCACGUUUUGAGAGAAACAUAACAUAAAAGAAGAGAUUAAUUUCUCACAAUAGAAGUCAGUGCGCACCACAUGAUUUGUGCCUAACUAUAUGUCUUACAAAUCAUUAGUCUAUACGAUUGGUCCUUAAAUAAGUGUCUCACGUAUAAAUCAUUGAUCUAUCUUAAACGAUGUGUACUUAAAUGUGUGUCUCAAUUACAAAUUGUGUUGUACUUACUAUUUGUGUCUUAUGAACAAAUUAUGCAUUUCUUUAUAAGUGUGUUGUAUCUACAGAUGUGUCAAACUUUUAUCGUGUGUCUACUUACAAAUUGUUCUACUAACAAACUGUGUAUUAAUUAAAAUGUGCCUUAUAUACAUAUUGUGUGUUUUAUUUAAAUCUGGAUAUUUGAACAACUAAUUGUGUGUCUUACUUUCAAAUCUGUAUAUUUGACAAAGAAAUUGUAGACUCUAUGUCUUACUUUAAAACUGUUUAUUUGACCAACUAAUUGUGUCUUACUUUCAAAUUGUAUAUUUGACCAACAAAUUGUGUGUCUUACUUUCAAACUGUAUAUUUGACCAAAACAUCGUGAAGAUCACAACCCUAACCUCUACCUCCCAACUGUUUAUUUGAUCCUUAAAUCGUGAAGAUCACAACCCUAACCUCCCAAAUGUAUAUUUGACCCACACAUCGUCAUUAAGAUCAUAACCCUAACCUCCCAACUGUAUAUUUGCCCCCCACAUCGUGAAGAUCAUAACCCUAACCUCUGCCUCCCAAAGGUUUAUUUGACCCCCACAUUGUGACGAUAACAACCCUAACCUCCCAACUGUUUAUUUGACCCCCACAUCGUGAAGAUCACAACCCUAACCCUAACCUCCAAACUGUAUAUUUGACCCACACAUCGUGUAGAUCACAACCCUAACCUCCUGUUUUUUUUUACCCACACAUCUUCAUUAAGAUCACAACUCUGGAGAAACACUUCAACAUGAGCAGUUCGGUCAGCGGCGUGCUCAUGUCCUGCAAUGACUUUGGGUUUUUGGUGACGACGCUGAUCAUAAGCUACUACACGCGCAGAGUUCACGUGCCUCGAGCCCUGGGGUUCUCCACCAUCAUGUAUGGGAUAUCAGGCCUUCUGUGUACCAUUGCAUUCUUUGGGUCCAGGAUUGAAAUUAGCUCCAGUGACCUUCGACCCAACGUCUCGCUAGGUCAGUACCGCAUGAUGUAUUUGAAGGUAGAAACUAUGUCAGCUAUUGUUGUCAAUUAAAAGUAACAUUCCAUUGCUUUAUAAUCACACAAAUGUCAGUGUUGCCUUGUAACUGCUGAGAGUAUUAGGCCUUACUAUCAUUAUAUAAGUACAUGUGCCCUUUGGGGUGCUACAAUGACUUUGAUGAAUCUAAUGUUUACCAGAGUUACCGAAAGUUGUAAAUAAUUGUUAAAGUUGUCAUCAGCAUCAAUCUCUUACUUGAAAAGUCAACAUUAUUUCACUUAGCAUAAACAUCAUGUUUCUAACCCGGUAAAUAUGUAACGUGGAUGGAAACCAUGGAUUCACUAUUAAGUAACGUUGUUAAGGUGUACAGGAAACCAUGGAUUCACUAUUAAAGUAACAAAAAUAUAGACCCCAGCACCAAAAUCAGGCUGAUGCGCUCAUUAGUCCUCUCCAUUUUCCUGCAUGCCUGCGAAUCCUUGACAUUAACAGCCGAUCUUAAAAUGAAAAUAAAGGCGAUGGAGAUGAGAUGCUUCAGAAGCAUUUUUGGCAUAUGCUAUAGCAGUGGUUCUCAACCUACCUAAUGCCGCGACCCUUUAAUACAGUUUUUCGUGUCGCGGCGACCCCCAGCCACAAAAUUAUUUUCGUUGCUACUUCAUAACUGUAAGGAUAUGUGUUUUCAGAUGGUCUUAGGCGACCCCUGGGAAAGGGUCGCGACCCACAGGUUGAGAACCGCUGUGCUAUAAGGACCAUAUCUCCAAUGAUACAGUGAAAGAAUUUGUUCGUCAGGCAAUUGGGGAGUACGAUGACCUACUGUUGACUGUGAAAAAACGCAAACUACAAUGUUACGGCCACGAAGCAAGGAAACAAGGGCUUGCCAGAGAAAUAUUGCAGGGCUCCACAAGAGGAGGGAAAAGAAGAGGAAGACAAAGAAAAAGAUGGGAGGAUAACAUCAAAGAGUGGACAGGAUUAACACUGGGCGAUGCUGUGCGCAAUGAAGAAGACAGAGACGAAUGGAGGAGGAUGGUUCACAUGUCAUCUGUGGCGCCCCAACGGUCCAAGGACUAAGGGACAUGAGGAUGAACGUUGCUUAUGUGUACAUGAAACAAUGGGUUAACUAUAAAGUAACGUGGAGGGGUGGACAGGAAACAAUGGGUUAACUAUAAAGUAACGUGGAGGGGUGGACAGGAAACAAUGGGUUACUAUAAAGUAACGUGGAGGGGUGGACAGGAAACAAUGGGUUAACUAUAAAGUAACGUGGAGGGGUUGACAGGAAACAAUGGGUUAACUAUGAAGUAACGUGGAGGGGUGGACAGGAAACAAUGGGUUAACUAUAAAGCAACGUGGAGGGAUGGACAGGAAACAAUGGGUUAACUAUAAAGCAACGUGGAGGGACGGACAGGAAACAAUGGGUUAACUUUUAAGUAAUGUUGUUAAAGUGUACAAGAAACAAUGGGUUAACUCUUAAGCAAUGUUGUUAAAGUGUACAAGAAACAAUGGGUUAACUAUUAAGUAACGUGAUGGGUGGACAGGAAAAAUGAGUUAACUAUUAAAAAACGUGGAUAUGGUGAACGGGAAACCAUGGGUAAACUAUUAAGUAACGUUAUGGGGUGGACAGGAAACAUGGGUUAACUAUAAAGCAACGUGGAUCGGGUGGACAGGAAACAACGAGUUAACUAUUAAGUAACGUUGUUAAGGUGUACAGGAAACAAUGGGUUAACUAUUAAGUGACGUGAUGGGGUGGACAGGAACCAUGGGUUAACUAUUAAGUAACCUGAUGGGUCGGACAGGAAACAAUGAGUCAGCUAUUAAGUAACGUAAUGGAUUGGAAAAGAAACCAUGGGUUAACUAUUAAAUGACGUGAAGGGGUGGUCAGGAAACAUGGUUUAACUAUUAAGUAACGUAAUGGGGUGGACAGGAAACCAUGGGUUAACUAUAAAGCAACGUGGAGGGGUGGACAGGAAACAAUGAGUUAACUAUUAAGUAGCGUUGUUAAGGUGUACAGGAAACAAUGGGUUAACUUUUAAGUAACGUGAUGGAUUGGGCAGGAAAAAUGUGUUGACUAUUAAGUAUUGUGGAUGGGUUGGACAGGAAACCAUGGGUUAACUAUUAAGUGACGUGAUGGGGUGGACAUUAAAAAAUGGUUCAACUGUUAAGUAACGUGAUGGAGUGGAGAGAAAACUAUGGGUUAACUAUUAAGUAACGUGAUGGGUUGGUCAGGAAACCAUGGGUCAACUAUUAAGUAAAGUUGAUGGAUUGGGCAGGAAACAAUGGGUUGACUAUUAAGUAUUGUGGAUGGGUUGGACAGGAAACCAUGGGUUGACUAUUAAGUAUUGUGGAUGGGUUGGACAGGAAACCAUGGGUUGACUAUUAAGUAUUGUGGAUGGGUUGGACAGGAAACCAUGGGUUAAUUAUUAAGUAACGUGAUGGCAUAGACAGGAAACUGUAAAUUAACUAUUAUGUAAAUUAAAUUUUAAAAAAAAAUUAGAUUUGCUGCUGUGGAGGAAUUUUGGACUUCGGACUUUGCCUAAAAUUUAAACUUUGCCUGCUUUUUAGACAGAUAAUUUAAACUUCUUAUUAGAGUUAUCUGAUCUUGGAGUUUUCUUUCUCUUGGUGUCGGUCUAAUGUUCUUGGUUUCGAAUUGUUCUAGGUGUCGUCUUGUUUUUGGUGUCGGUAGGCUGUUCUUGGUGUCUGUCUGUUGUUCUUGGUGUCGGUCUGUUGUUCAUGGUGUCCGUCUAUAGUUCUUGGUGUCGGUCUGUAGAUCUCGGUCUCCUAUAGUUAAUGACGCCUUUGCUUGACUUUUGUUUUUCUUGUUGGUGUUAUUUUUCAAGUUGCAAUUAUUUUUUUUAUAGAUUUCUCCUUUAUUUGCUAUUAUUGUUUUUGGUUAGGGUAAGGGUGAGGGUUAGGGUUAGGGUUAGGUUCUUGGUCAGGGUUAGGGUAAGGGUAAGGGUUAGGUUCUUGGUGAGUUUCCUCCAACUUUUUACCACUGUGAUAUUUUUGUUAUUCUUUUUGUCUAAUUUGUUUUCAGGUUUAUUGUUGUUGAAAAUGUAAAUGUUAAGAAUUUAAAAAAUCUAAAAAUAACUCAUCUCAAUUGCAUUUGUAUUUUUUAACAGUUAGAAAUAAUUUGCCAAAUAUUUUAUUUUUAUGAAAUUUGUAAAAAAAAAAUUAAGAGUUAUUUCAUGUAAUUCUUGUUUUUUAAAUAAAUAACUAUCCCUUGAUUUAUUUGUGUUUAUUUUUAGUUCAAGACAAAUUGUUUGCACAGAUGUGUUCCGGUGUCAAGCAGCUGAACGGAACUUGUGAUGAGAUUUCAAAUCGUGUUGGUACACCUGACUUUGUUUCUGACAGCUGGAAGUUCAUUGCAAUUUGUAUCUUGGCGGUUGGGAUGAUACUGCAGGGGGUCGCUAAGUCUCCGAGACAACCUUUUGUUGGGACGUACAUUGAUGACAAUACACCUAAAUCUAAGACAUCCAUGUAUUUGGGUAACACAUCUUCUAUUGAAUAGUUUCAUAUCCUAGACAUCCAUGUAUGUGGGUAAACUUCUUCCAUUGAAUAAUUUUGUGUUUAAAUAAACCAUGUACUUGGGUAACAUCUCUUCUGUUGAAUAGCUUCAAAUCUAAGGCAUCCAUGUACUUUGGUAACAGCUCUUCUAUUGAAUUGAUUCAAAUCUAAGGCAUCCAUGUACUUGGGUAACUACUCUUCUAUUGAAUAGAUUCAAAUCUAAGUCAUCCAUGUGUUUGGGUACCAUCUCUUCUAUUGAAUAUAUUCAAAUCUAAGGCAUCCAUGUUCUUGUGUAACAACGCUUCUAUUGAAUAGAUUCAAAUCUAAUGCAUUCAUGUACUUGUGUAACAGCUCUUCUAUUUUUAAAAGAAAAUUAAGUUGACUAUCACGCUAAAUUAGAAAUUAAUCAUUUCCACCCUAAAGCCAUUGGGUUCAAAUAAUACGCAACCUCUUCACUUGCAGGAAUCAUGAUAGGCCUUUCAAUCUUUGGUCCAGCACUGGCUUUUAUCUUGGGAGGUGUGUUUAGUAAAAUUUACAUAACUCUUGAAGGUGAGAAUUGGAAAUGGAAUGGGACCUAUUUGAAGUGUUUAAAUUAUUUAAAUUGUUUAAGUUAUUUGGAUUAAAAUAUGAUGGGUUUUAUUUAAUAUGAUAAUUAUAUUUUAUAUAUUUUAAACAAAUUGGCAUUUGAUUUAAAAAACAAUAUUUUUGUAGUAUUAAUAAUGUAUAUGUAUUAACAGUUAUUAUUUAAUUUGCAUAUCCUAGACAUAAUAUAGUAUCGUAAGUUUAGACAGUUUGACAUAACCCAUGCAUUUAUAUAUUAAUGAGCUUUUUUCUUUAUGAACAGCUACUAGGAUGGGCCCCCGUGACCCCAGAUGGCUGGGGGCCUGGUGGUUAGGUUUCCUUCUAUUCGGCAGUCUUGGUCUCGUCGUGGGAAUCCCGCUGUUCUUCUUUCCGAGGCACAUAACUUUAAGACCGGGGCUACAGAGCGGCACUUCGAAUACUUCAUUCCAACUUCUAGAACACCUGAAAGGUAAAAUUGUCUUGCUGACCAAAGGUCAGUUUCUAUGUCUAUUUACUGUAAUGUCUUUUUUGUGUGUGCAAAAAAUGUAAACGUGCACACCAUUGACACCUUUAGUAGUAAGGUGUUGUAGACUUUUGAAUGCAGUGUUUAUUUAGAAGUAAGCUUAUGUAGACUUUUGAAUGUGUGUGUUAGGUUUAGGUUCCUAACAUCCGGUGUGUGUUCGUUACUGGUGACGAUAUUAUAAUUUUUGGGGCAGUUUGGCUGAAAGUCAGGGUGCAGAUGGCUACCAAACGAAAAUGAGGAAGAACCUGGGAAGUCUAUAUAUAUAGACUAUAUAUGACUAUACAAAAUUUGAAAUAUUGGGGUACAUUUAUUUUUAUUAAGUGUAUUUUUGGAAAAGGUAAUUUUUUAAAAAGGAUUUUGUAAACUUUAUUACUAGGAUUUUUCAAGUCCAUGCUGCGACUGUUGAAGAACCCUGUGUAUGCAUGUAUCACUGUUUCCAAUGGUGUGCAUAUCAUGUGCGUCAGCGGCAUGAUGGCAUUCAUGCCCAAAUAUCUGGAGACGCAGUACACUAUGCCUGCCUGGCAGGCCAACAUGUAUCUAGGUGGGUCAUUUGAUUCAUGGGUACUUCAGGGGGAGCAAACAUGUAUCUAGGUGGUCAUUUAGUUAAUUUGUACAAUCGAUUCCAUACUGUACUCAGAUGUUUAGCACAAUACAUUCGAUGCUGUACUGUACUAAAUUUUUUAGCACAAUGCAAUCGAUGCUCUACUGUACUCAAAUGUUUAGCAAAAUACUUUAUAGAACCUUUUAUUCCUUUCUGUUCUACCCUCGUUCUCAACUACUUUAUAUCGAUGGUAACCUCGUUCACUCUGUCUCUCGUACUGCAGCAAUCAGGUAAUAAUACUUGGAUGGUUAGCCUUUCACUUUAAUGAUAUGCUCUACUGUUCACACUCAAGAUCUUGGACCUCUGCUCUGACUAUCCCGGGUUGUCUCUCUUGUUCGUAACUGUCGUCACGCGUCUAUCGUCUACUCCUGUCCGGCGGAGUUCUCCCUCCCGACUGUCCUCUUCCGUGUCCAGCUUAGCUCUCCUUUUUCCCGUCUAACAAUCCCCUUUUAAAAGUCCACGAGUCAGUCGUGACGUCUCUAGAGAUUCCUUUCCCGUACCUAAUCAAUUUCUAUCUCUUGUACUCUAAUUAAGCUAACACUUCCCUCCGUCUAAAUGGACAUCAACUAGCCACUUACCUACGCAUUCUCUAGGCUUUCUUCCUCCGUGUGCUACCUGUUGCGUGUGCUAGUUGGUCAGCCAUCGUACUGUGGGUCCCCCCCCUCUCACCUGUGUACCUUUGGUCUCCCUGACAUUCUAAUAUCUUGAUUUAUUCUAGUGCCAUUGUCAAAGUCAUGGUUUUCUUGGUCCGUGUAAAAUUUGAUGCGCUUGCUAGCUAGUACUGUUGGUCCCCCACUCCUGUAUCACCCAGGCUGAACUCUCCACAAUACAACCGAUGCUCUACUGUACUCAAAUGUUUAGUACAAUACAUAAUUCAUUAAAAUUCAUUAAUGAAACAAUUUUUUUUUUUCGUAACACCUAAAAUGCGAUCAAACUGAAAAUUUGAUUGAGGAAAAGGGAAUGUUAAAUAUGAUGAACAAACUUGUAUAUCAAGGGAGGUUAUUUUUUUACCAAUGAUGUAUUUCCUAAUUUUUAUAGCCAUGCAAUUCAGAAUGUUUACACAUUUUAAGGCUUCGAAUUUAAAAAUAAUUCGAAUAUUUUUUUUAUUAAUGAAUGUUUCCUUUUAAUAUACCUAUUUUUACGUUUUCUCUACACCCUAACCCUAACCCUAACCUAUUUUUACGUUUUCUCUGGGAAGAUUCUCAAAAGUUGUAUAAUUUAGUUCACGUUUGGGAAGAUUCUCACAAGUUUUAUAAUAUAGUUCAUGCUUGCGAAGGUUCUAGCAAGGUUUAUAAUCUAGUUCACGCAUGGAAAGGUUCUCACAGCCUUAAAAUUAUUUCACGCUUGGAAAGGUUCUCACAAAAUUUUAAUUUAGCUCACACGAUUCUCAAGAAGUACUAAUUUUUUUGGUUAGGAUUCCAUUCAAAAACAGUUAUAAAAAGUUAAUAUAUUCCUUUAGUAUACAAUACAUCUUCCUGUAAUGUACACUUUAUCUUCCUCUCAUGUACACUAUAUCUUCCGCUCAUGUACACUAUAUAUUCCUGUAAUAUAACUAUAUCUCCCUAUAAUGUACUACUAUUUAUGGAUAUUACUCAAAAUUUUCCCAGCAUCCAAUUUUCAGGGGGAAAAGGGUGGGGGGGGGGGAGAUUAAGUCAUUUGUCUACUUAUUUUUUUUCGUUGAAUAAGGCCGACACAAGGCUACCUGCCGACACAAGGCUACCUGCCGACAUAAGGCUACUUGCCAACACAAGGCUACCUGCUGACGUAAGGCUACCUGCCGUCACAAGGAUAUCUGCCCACACAAGCUAUCUACCGACACAAGGCUACCUGCCUACCCAAGACUACCUUCAGACACAAGGCUACCUGCAACACAAGGCUAUCUGAUGACAUAAGGCUAUCUGAUGACAAAAAGCCUAUCUGCCGACAUAAGGCUAUCUGCCAACACAAGGCUGUCUACCAACAUAAGGCUAUCUGCCAACAUAAGGCUACCUGCCAACACAAGGCUAUCUGCCGACAUAUAUAAGGCUAUCUGCCGACUUAAGGUUAUCUGCCGACACAAGGCUAUCUGCCAACACAGGGCUAUCUGCCGACACAAGACUAUCUGCCAACACAAGGCUAUCUGCCGACAUAAGGCUAUCUGCCGACAUAAGGCUAUCUGCCCACAUAAUGUUGAAAAUAUUAUGUUGCUAAUCCACUUCACAAUAUAUAAGUUGCUAAUCCAACUUCACAAGGAAGAUAAUGAAACAAGCAAUGGCAACCAUCAAGGUUAGUUCAACGUUUUAAUUUUAAGAGAACAACAUGGAGUCCCAUCAACAUGGAGCACUCAACAAAGGACUGCAUAACAACGUGUACACAAUAAAAUAUGUGGUGUGCAAAACAAUGCGCAACAUUCAGUACUUUGUCCAUGUCCAACACUCCUUCUCAAAAUAAUAAAUAAAGCUAAUUCAUUGGUUUCACACCAAUCAUGUCUCUAAGUAUCUGGAAUUUUGCUGAGACAGUCCCUUAGUAAGGAUAUCAGCUGUCAUUUCUUCCGAUCUGCAAUAUUUGAGAGUCACAGUCUUAUUUUCCACUUGUUCCCUAACAAAAUGAUAUUUUAUAUCCACAUGUUUUGCUCUUCCGUGGAACUUUGGAUGAUUAGCCAUAGCGAUAGCUGACUGAUUGUCCUCAAAUAUAACCGUGGCACCACUUUGCUUACAUCCCAAAUCAGAUGUAAGUUGUCUUAGCCACAGAGCCUCCUGUGCUGCACUUGCUAGCGCCAUAUAUUCAGCUUCUGCUGUCGACAAUGCCACACAUGAUUGUUUCUUACUCCUCCAACUUAUAGGUCCACUACCCAUAUGAAACACAUAACCAGAUGUGGACUUUCGAUCAUCAAUGUCUCCUGCCCAAUCCGCAUCACAAUAGCCAACACAUUCAGAAGAUCCACGGCUGUGAUACACAAUUCCAUAAUUCGAAGUACCCUUUAGGUAUCUUAGAAUUCUUUUUACCGCCUUCCAGUGUUGUUCUGAUGGAUGAGCACAGAAUUUUGCCACAUUACCUACAGCGUAAGUAAUAUCAGGUCUGGUCCAAGUUGACAGAUACAAGAGACUACCCACCGCUGAUUGGUAAAGUCCUUGAUCAAAAGAAUGACCUUCUUCUUUUCUCAACUUCACGUCUGGGUCAGUUGGAGUCGAUACAGGUUUAGAAUCUAGCAUUCCAAAUCUCUCAAGAACUUUGCUUGUAUAGCCUGGCUGUCCUAGCCAGAUACCAUCUUCCUUUUGAGUAAACAUAACACCCAAAAAGGACUUCAAUUCACCAAGAUCUUUUGCGUCAAAUUUUGAUGAAAUAGCCUUCUUGACACUAGCAAGAAUCCUAGUGUUCCUAGCAGCUAAUAAGAUAUCGUCGACAUAGACUGCAACGAUAACCAUCUCUCCUUCUGUAGUUGUAUACAUACAUGGUUCACAUGAGGACUGCUUAAACCCAAGACCCUUUAGGUGACUGUCAAGUGCUGUGUUCCAGCAUCGAGGAGACUGUUUUAGUCCAUAUAAACUUUUCUUCAAUUUACAUACAAGGUUUUCCUUUCCUUGUUCAACAAACCCUUCUGGUUGUUUCAUGAAUACUUCUUCCUCCAACACUCCAUUCAGAAAGGCUGUCGUCACGUCCAUUUGAUGCAACCGUAAAUUGUAUUUUGCAGCCAUAGCAAUGACUGUGCGCACUGACUCAGGUCUAACAACUGGACAGAAUGUCUCAUCAUAGUCCAAUCCAUACUUCUGUGAGUAUCCUUGAGCAACUAACCGAGCUUUAUGUCUCUCAAUUUUUCCCUCAGCAUUUACUUUGAUCUUAAACACCCAUUUGCUUCCUACAGCUUUUCUUCCUUCUGGCAGUUCUACUAAGUCCCAGACUUCGUUUUCAUGAAGCGAUUCGAUUUCUUUAUUCAUCGCCGUUAACCAUUGAGACUUCUGUGAGCUUGCCAUAGCCUGUCUCACUGUACUGGGUUCUUCUAGAUCUUGAGUCAAGUUUAAAAACUCACCAUAUCGAUUUGGUGGGCGUUUAACUCUCGCUGAUCGUCUGACAUCUAGCUCCUCAUCUGGUUCAUCAACACCUUCAUCAUCAGGAUCAUCAACACGAUUCACUUCUUCACCGACGUCAUUAUCCAUGAAUUCCCGAAAUACAGGUGUUGAUUCCUGAGACAUUUCAGUCUCCUUCUCAAGACCGAACGUGUUCUCUACUUCUUCAUCGUCGUCAAUGAAUUCCAGAAAUAUAGGUGUUGAUUCCUGAGACAUUUCAGCCUCCUUCUCAAGACCGAACUUGUUUUCAUUAAAUGAUCAUCAACACGAUUCACUUCUUCAUCGACGUCAUUAUCAAUGAAUUCCCGAAACACAGGUGUUGAUUUCUGAGACAUUCCAGUCUCCUUCUCAAGACCGAACGUGUUCUCUACUUCUUCAUCGUCGUCAAUGAAUUCCAGAAAUAUAGGUGUUGAUUCCUGAGACAUUUCAGCCUCCUUCUCAAGACCGAACUUGUUUUCAUUAAACAGAACGUCUCUGCUGUAAAUCACCCGAUUAGUUUUCAAAUUGUAGAGGCGAUAACCCUUGACAUCGAUUCCGUACCCCAGAAAAACGCAUUUCUGUGUUUUUGAAUCGAACUUCUGUCUUUCGUCUUUAGGAAUGUGUGCAUACGCAACACAUCCAAACACUUUCAGGUGAUCGACACUGGGUUUCGUACCAGUAAACACCUCAAAUGGUGUAGUACCUUGAAGAACGUUAACAGGACUUCGAUUCUGCAGAUAUACAGCUGUUGACACUGCUUCUGCCCAGAAUUUUCGUGGGAGCUGUGCCUCAGCCAGCAUGGAACGUGCUGCUUCCACAAUAGUCCUGUUCUUCCUCUCCGCUACUCCAUUCUGUUCUGGUGUUUUCGGAACAGUCAGUUCAUGACGGAUCCCCUCUUUCUUUAAAUAACCUUCAAAUUCAUUUGAAGUAAACUCUCCACCGUUAUCGGUGCGUAGGGCCUUAAGAUGUUUUCCAGUUGACCUCUCAACCAUUGCUUUCCAUUCAAGGAAACACUUAAAGACCUCAUCCUUGUGCUUAAGGAUAUAAACCCAAGUGUAUCGACUGAAAUCGUCAAUAAAUGUAAGGAAAUAGUGAGCUCCACCAAGUGAUUGUGUGCUGACCUUCCCGCAAACAUCACUGUGAACCAGGUCAAGUAUCCCAUUUCUUACCCUUCCACUUGAUGGAAACUUGGUCCUGUGAUGUUUGCCCUUUACACAUGGUUCACACAGUUCCCUAUUUGAUCCUCCUUUCAAUCAAUUCUCAUACCUCACGAGCAAAGAAGUACAGUUAUCCCCCUUUCACAACCUUCUACAGCAGAGGUCGGGAACCUUUUUGUCUGAGAGAACCAUUGGACACCACAUGUUUUGAAAAGUAAUUCUGAGAGAACCAUUGGACACCACAUGUUUUGAAAAGUAAUUCUGAGAGAACCAUUGGACACCACAUGUUUUGAAAAGUAAUUCUGAUAGAGCCAUGGACACCACAUGUUUUGAAAAGUAAUUAUGUGAGAGCCAUACAUUUUUUUAAAACUAAAAAUUCAAGAAAAUGUGUAUAUUUUAUGUAAUUUCAACACUAAAAAUGCACUAAUUAUGUCUCUGAAUUCUUUUUAAUAAGAUUGCUCUGCUGUUGCUAAUCAAUAAUUGGUAGUUCUUACCAUUAAUGCGACUUUUUUUAUAAUCGAACAUUUAUAUGCGAGCCAGAUGCAGGCAUCAAUAGAGCCACAUCUGGCUCGCGAGCCAUAGGUUCCCGACCCCUGUUCUACAGGAAGUUCAGUUAUCCUCUUUUCACUACCUCCUACAGAAAAGAUCAGUUAUCCCCCUUUCACAACCUUCCACGGGAACAUUCAAUUAUCCCCCUUUCACAACCUUCCACAGGAACAUUCAGUUAUCCCCCUUUCACAACCUUCCACAGGAACGUUGAACGUGUUUGCGGCAUCCCUAGGGACGGUUGUCGGUGGUUGUGUGACGACAAAGUUUAAAUUGUCUCCCAUGUCGUGCCUCAAGUUGGUGAUUCUCUGUAAAGUCUUUGGCAGUGUUGUGGUCGCCAUUGGUUUCGUAACCGGAUGUGACCAACCCAUCAUACACAAGGGUUACACACAGUGAGUUGGCGAGUAUUUUCUUCGUAAAUUUGAGAAAGUAAAUCCAAUGAAGCAUUUUCCAGGGUUAAUCGAUUUGUUAAUAAAUAUCUUUUUGUUUUUGUAAUUUAGAUUGUAGAAUGUACCUCAAGACUUAGCAUCAUGUGGUCAUGUGGUCAGUGAAAACUGUGAUUUGAGGGUGGGGGGGGGGCAGGGUAGAAAAAAUUUGCCCAGUAACGAUACCAGAUAUGAAUUUAGCAUUAUCAAAACGACUAUAAUUUACUUAACCAGUUACUUAGCAAUGAAGUAUUUAAGGUCAUUCAAACUGAGAAAAAAUUACCUCUUUGAAGUGACUUAAUCAAAUGCCACAGUGUCAGUUAUUCAGAUGAAAUGAGAUGCUAUGCAUUUAUCAUCAAAACAUUAUUGCUAUUCAAUAAUUUAUUCUAAAAAAGUUUAAGUAGUUUUCCUCUGUAAUUAAGCAAUCGAAAGAAUACAACAAAAAGUAUACUUUAAAGUGUGUCUAAUUGUAUACUUACAUUUGUCCCAACGUUUUACCAAUAGAUGGAGAAAACUCCUGAUAAAUUUGCAACAGGAACAUGUAAUUAAUCAAGUUAUUUGUUCCAAUCUGUCUUCCAGGGACAUGGAGCUUUCAACAGGAACAUGUAUUCAUAACUGUAACUGUGAUAACCAAAACUUUUUUCCCAUCUGUGGGGCAGACGACAGAAUUUACUUUUCACCUUGUCAUGCGGGCUGCACGUCUGCUGACAUAACUACGGUAAAAUGUUUGUCCAAAGGCUUAACUAGGAGUAGUGCCACCCGGGACAAGCCAGGCUUAUUGCCGCCCCAUGCAGUUCCCCUAAAAUGCCUCCGAUAAUGCCACCCUCAUUAAAGUUUUAGAAGUGCCCCCAAGGGUAGACGGCCCGCUUAAUUAUUGUUUUCCUUAUACCAUAAUUUUUCUGCUUAGUGCACAUUAUAUGUGUAGCUUAAAUCGUCUGAAAGCCUAGACUUAACCAUCUCUUCUGUCAGAAAAAAUAUAACCAUAUUCAAAUUUACUUGCUGGGGAGUCAAUUUGUUUUAAAAAUUCAAUAGCCUAAUAAACUAUUGUAACAUUGAUUGCUACUGAUUUCUAUUGAUGUCUAUUGCUUUCUAUUGAUUUCAAAUGAUUUUAAUUGAUGUCUAGACCUUGAUAUCAAUUUCUUAAAAUAAUAUUAUGACGUUUCAGAUGUUUGUAAACUGCUCAUGUUUGUCAACAAACACCACUCAGACUGCCACAAGUGGUCUGUGUGACAGUCAGUGCAACAAGCACGUCAUCUACUUAUCUGUCAUGUUCUUUGGUUCUUUGAUUAUGGCCACAGGGAUCAUGCCUGGCUUUAUCACCAGUGUCAGGUAGUGUUAAACCUGACCUUCACCCUAACGCUAUCCUAACCCAAAACAGGUAUCAUGUCUGGGUUUAACACAAGUUUCAGGUAGUGUUAACCCAUACCUUAUCCAUAAAACUAAGACAAGUAUCAUGUCUGAGUUAAACACCAGUGUCAGGAAGUGUUAAACCUAACCUUUACAUAGGUAUCAUGUCUGGGUUUAACACCAGUGUCAGGAAGUGUUAACUCUAACCCUAAUACAGGUAUAAUGUUUGGGUUUAACAUCAGUGUCAGGCAGUAUUGGUAACCCUAAUCCUUACCCUAACUCUUACCCAACACGUUUACCCUAACCCCAACACAGGUAUCAUGCCUGGGUUCAUGCCCAGUGUCAGGUAUGGCAAUAGUUAUUGAAUAAUGACAGGGUGAGGUUCUACAAAUUAAAUGGUGACUUCAGUGUUAUAUACAACACUGAAGUUAUGACGUCAGUGUUAUGUACAACACAAAAGUUAUGACGGCUGUGUGAUGUACAACACAAAAGUUAUGACGUCAGUGUCAUGUACUGCACUAAAGUUAUGACGUCAGUGUUAUGUACUACACUAAAUUUAUGAGUCAGUGUCAUGUACUACACUAAAGUUAUGACGUCAGUGGUAUGUACAACUAAAGUUAAGAUGUCAGUGUCAUGUACUACACUAAAGUUAUGACGUCAGUGUUAUGUACAACUAAAGUUAUGACAACACUCGUCUUUAAUAUUAAAUUUAGUCUUAAGUAUAAGAGACUAAAUGUAUUAUGUUAGGGCUAAAGUGUUAGUGUUAGGAAUGUUAGGGUUAUGAAUGUUAGGGUAAAGUGUGUGUGUUAGAAUGUUAUGGUUAAAGUGUUAGUAUUAGAAUGUUAGGGUUAUAAAUGUUAUGGUUAUGAAUGUUAGCGUUAAAGUAUUUGUGUUAGGAAUGUUAGGGUUAAAGUGUUAUUAUUAGGAAUGUUAGCGUUAAAGUGUUAGUUUUAGGAAUGUUAGGGUUUAGAAUGUUAGGGUUUGGAAUGUUAGGGUUUGGAAUGUUAGGGUUUGGAAUGUUAGGGUUUGGAAUGUUAGGGUUUGGAAUGUUAGGGUUAGGAAUGUUAGGGUUUGGAAUGUUAGGGUUUGGAAUGUUAGGGUUUGGAAUGUUAGUGUUUCGAGUGUUAAGGUUUGGAAUGUUAGGGUUUGGAAUGUUAGGGUUUGGAAUGUUAGGGUUUGGAAUGUUAGGGUUUGGAAUGUUAGGGUUUGGAAUGUUAGGGUUAUGAAUGUUAGAGUUAGGAAUGCAUUACUUUGAUCACACUUGUAUUUGUAUAGUGUAGAUACAACAUCAAUAACGAGUUAUGUACUCAAUGCUAGGGAUACUAUGUACGUCAAUAAUCAGUAUCGCACCUAAUGCUAAGGAUGCUAUUAUAUGUCUUAAAAAUUAUUUGUAUGAAAUAUUUCUAAUAUUUUUAAUGAACUAAUGCAUCCAUUAUUUUUAACUUAUCAUCCAUAGAUCGGUCCAGGAAGUGGAUAAGCCCCUAGCCAUAGGCCUCUCGUCCUUUUCUUCCACACUGAUAGGUAAAUACGUUAUAUCUUUAUUUACUUUGGAGACAUACACCUCUUCUAGUCUUUUCUAAAUUUUAACUAUUUAUACUGGGGAGACAUACAUCUCUUAUAGUCUUUUCUAAAUGUUAACUAUUUAUACUGGGGAGACAUACAUCUCUUUUUGUCUUUUCUAAAUUUUAACUAUUUAUACUGGGGAGACCUACAUCUCUUAUAGUCUUUUCUUAAGUUUAACUAUUUAAACUGGGCAGAUAUACAUCUCUUAUAUUCUUUUCUUAAGUUAAACUAUUUAUACUCGGGAGAAAUACAUUUCUUAUACUUUUUUCUUAAGUUUAACUAUUUAUACUGGGGAGAUUACAUCUCUUAUAUUCUUUUCUUAAGUUUAACUAUGUAUACUGUGGAGACAUACAUCUCUUAUAAUAUUUUCUCAAGUUUAUCUAAUUAUACUGGGGAGACAUACAUCUCUUAUAGUAUUUUCUCAAGUUUUCCAACUUCUUGUGCAGUGGGUCACCUUUAUGUUACACAGAUUACACAAAUAUAAAGUUGAGUCCCCAGCACAAGAUAAAUAAAUAAGAUAAGAAAAUAACAACAAGUAUAUCGACUGAAACCCUUCUACGGCAAACAGAAGACGUUAAACAAUGUAAAGCAAAACUGACUGUGAACAGAAAAAUAAUCUAGCUAUUUGGCAGGAUGUGGACGUCCAGAAGUAAAGGUUACCAAGGAACAGACCAGAAAUAUGGAAAGUGAGAAACCUGAAGCUAGUGUGUCCACAUCCACUUAUUGUAAAUAAGGAGAAUGAGACAACCAACCCAGUGUGUCCACAUACACUUAUUGUAAAUAAGGAGAAUGAGACAACCAACCCAGUGUGUCCACAUCCACUUAUUGUAAAUAAGGAGAAUGAGACAACCAACCCAGUGUGUCCACAUCCACUUAUUGUAAAUAAGGAGAAUGAGACAACCAACCCAGUGUGUCCACAUACACUUAUUGUAAAUAAGGAGAAUGAGACAACCAACCCAGUGUGACCACAUCCACUUAUUGUAAAUAAGGAGAAUGAGACAACCAACCCAGUGUGUCCACAUACACUUAUUGUAAAUAAGGAGAAUGAGACAAUCAACCCAGUGUGUCCACAUACACUUAUUGUAAAUAAGGAGAAUGAGACAACCAACCCAGUGUGUCCACAUCCACUUAUUGUAAAUAAGGAGAAUGAGACAACCAACCCAGUGUGUCCACAUCCACUUAUUGUAAAUAAGGAGAAUGAGACAACCAACCCAGUGUGUCCACAUACACUUAUUGUAAAUAAGGAGAAUGAGACAACCAACCCAGUGUGUCCACAUACACUUAUUGUAAAUAAGGAGAAUGAGACAACCAAGCCAGUGUGUCCACAUACACUUAUUGUAAAUAAGGAGAAUGAGACAACCAACCCUAUCUUAAUACGAAUAUCUGCUGUCAAACAGAGGUGCUUAUUUUAAUCAAGAGAGAUAACCAUAUUUAGCUACGGAUAUCUGCUGUCAAGCAGAAGUCCUUAUUCAAUCAAGAGAGAUAACCCUAUCUAACUUUUAAAGAUGUGUUUUUUUUUUAAUAUUGUUAAUGUGUUGGUAGGGUUGAAAGCAGAUAUUACGACUAGCACUGACAUGCUUCACACACUAUUAAAGAAAAUAUGGGAGGAAGAGCAUAUACCGAUUGAAUGGAAAGAAGGACACCUCAUUAAGCUCCUGAAGAAAGGAGACCUUAGUUCUUGUUCUAACCAUAGAGGAAUAACCAUGCUGUCCACCCCAAGCAAAGUAUUCAACAGAAUGCUGCUAAACAGAAUGAGCCAGGCAAUAUAUACCAAUAUUAAGGACCAACAAGCAGGGUUCAGAAAAUACAGAUCCUGCACAGACCAGAUUGCAACACUGAAUUAUUGUGGAACAAUCCCUGGAGUGGAAUUUGCCAAUAUACAUCAACUUUAUUGACUAUGAGAAGGCUUUUGACUGUGUAGACAGAAAUACUCUGAGGAAGCUGCUCAGACACUACGAGGUACCACAAAAAUUGGCAGAAAUAAUUAAGGUUUCUUACGAAGGACUGUCGUGCAGAAUUGUUCAUGGCCAACAAACAACUGCAGCUUUUGGGGUACAUACCGGUGUCAGACAGGGGUGUCUGCUCUCGCCUUUCUUAUUCCUGCUGACCAUUGAUUCGAUAAUGAAAAUGUCUACAGAGCUGAAGAAAAGUGGUAUCCAGUGGAAAAUAUGAAACAGCUUGAUGAUCUGGACUUUGCGGAUGAUCUGGUCCUAAUAGCCCACAUCCAGGAACAGUAGCCUAUGCCCCAGACGGGAUGACCGGCGAUGAUGAUGAUGAAAUAUAAACUAAAUGACCUUCUUAUGUUAGGGUUAUUUAAAAACUAAUUAUAAACUAAAUGACUUUCUGGUGUUAGGGUAUUUUAAACACUAACUAUAAACUAAAUGACCUUCUAGUGGUGUAUGUCUUUUCAGGUUGGUUUCCUGGUCCAAUAUUAUUUGGAGCCUUAGUGGACAGCACCUGUCUGAUGUGGAAGACAACCUGCCAAUCUACAGGCGCAUGUUCCUUGUACAAUCUAAACGAUUUCCGUUUCCGUUUUCACGCCCUUGCCGUUGGACUGAGGAUGAUAGCCGCUGCUCUGUCUAUCCUGGCUUUGCUGAUUGCAAUCUAUUAUAAAAAAUUUGCUUUUCUGCCCAAUACGGACAUAGAGAUGAUUGUGAGUAGCCAACAAACAGAGUUGUCUGUCAGUCCAAAACAGACAGAGCUGUGCAUGAAGCCCAAACAGACAGAGCACAAGAAAGUAACGUAACUCAAGAAAUUUCAAAAGAACUUAAACGUCUGUACAAGAAACUAUGACUAAAGUGCAUAUUUAAGAGGUAAAUUAUUAGAAAAAAAAAUAUGUUUCAGGGGUCGUCCAUUAUUUAUGUCAAAAAAAUAUGGGGAGGGGAUGGAAAUUUUUUGUCAAUUGUUGGCAAGGGGGGGAUAGAUUAGUUGAAGUUGAUAAACAUGUUUUCUCUAUUAAAAUCUUAAUCUUAAAAAUUGACUGAUUAUUACAUUAUUUUUUACAACAUUAAUGAGUGUAAUAGUAAAAAAAAAAAGGAUGUUACUAAUGCAAGUAGCUACCGGGAGACAGAGAGAGCUUAUGGCAACUAUUGCUCACACUAACAAUGCUUCUAUUGUAAGUGCUGAAUGGUUAGAUGAGGAUGACGAUGAUUUGUCUUGUAUAUCUUUGCCACAAAAUGAAAAUGAUAAAUCAGCCGUUAUUCUCAUUGUUACGAUAGAGCAACACCUAGCUACUCCAUGGGAAGUUGAUAGCAGCUAUAAACUAUGCUACAAUUGUCAACACUGAAGAUGCAAUAAAGCUAAAAAUGCAAUAAAAUGUUUUUUCCUACAAGUGUCUGCCAUUAAAAUAGAUCAGCACAAAGUAAAAUAAAAAAUAUUUAUAUAUUGAUUAUUAUUACUAUUAUAAAAAAAAAUUCUUAAAAAUUGUUGACGUAAUUAAUGGACGCUGCCUUAUCACCAAAUUUUUGGGUAUCAC